AAUCCGGCUUCAAGACCUUUUGCAAGACAUAGACCUGACUUACCUCAACCGAAAUCCUACAAAUUACCAGCCGCUCUACUCAUUAUAUUCUCACUCGUCACUUGGUCAGCAUUUACCGCUCAUGCAACAAAUCGAGAAAGACUUUCUUCUGCCGUUCUAAAGAAUGUCGUUGAUAAAAUACGUGAUAGCGAAGAAGUUCAAGAAGCAAUGGGAGAAGAUGUUAAUUUAAAAAGAGAAACAAUCCUCGCUGGAGAUCCUUGGAUUCGUGGAAGUGUGAACAUGAUGCAAGGUAGAGUGGAUAUGUCAUUCAAAUUAAAAGGUUCAAAGGAUACAGGAACAGUUUAUUUCAGCUCGAUCCGUAGAGAUGCUCAAACGCCUUAUGAAACACUACGAUUUUUAAUCGUCCUGGAUUCGAAUAAAAAGGUAAUCUCCCUUCUAGAU